AUGACAAUCCUGACAUUUCUCAUGUUUGUCCUGCUUACGCGUCAAAGCUUGUCAUUGUCCAGACCACAGUGUCACAGCUGUGAACAAACAUCCUGUAACUGCUCGAGACAAAACCACACAAAAGUCCCUGCAGCCCCGUCAAAUCUCAUCACUGAACUCAAUCUCUCAUUCAACAGACUGGGGACAAUAACGAAAAAAGACUUUGUUGCCUUUGAAGAAAUACAUUUUUUAUUUCUUUAUUCGGUUCACCGUCCAUAUCUCCAAACCCUGGACCGUUUGGAGACUGUCAUCCUCAAAAACAUUGAUGUGCCUGAUUUCCACAUGUUCCCAGCCCUCUUAUUCCUGUACCGUCUGCUGAAGGUGGUGCAUAUGUCUGUGCUAAACUGCAAGCUUUUCGCCAUUCCUUGUGACUUAUCUGCCCGUCUCACAAAGCUGGAGUAUCUGGACAUUAGUGACAACAUUUUUAGUGAUCUGGCCCUUAGCCAAAUGAUGUGCGACGGCAAAGGUGUUUUUUUGAAUUUGGAAACCUUCAAUAUCAGCAGGAAUUACCUGCAGUCAAUCAACAGCCAGCUCUUCACCAAACUAGAGAAGCUUGAAAACAUUGACAUGAGUGGAAAUGUGUUUCAUAGUAUGCCGGAGACUUGUUUCUGGCCGCCAAGUCUCCAGUUCUUAAACCUUUCAUCGACGCAUUUAACAAAAGUGACAGCUUGUUUGCCGGUGAGCUUACACAUCCUUGACCUGUCAGACAAUGCCUUGGCAGUGUUCAACAUCGAACUACCUUUUCUCAGAGAGUUAUACAUCUCUGGAAACAAGCUCAGUCGUUUGCCAGAUGGGCCUGUAUACCCUGGUCUCACAUUUCUCUCCAUUCAAAACAAUGAUUUACAUACAAUCAGCAGUGAUAAUCUAAACUCAUAUAAAAAUCUAAAGCGUUUGGAGGCAGGUGCUAACACUUAUGUCUGUUCAUGUGACUUUGUAACGUUCAUGACAAGUAAUUCAGCGAAUCAUCGCGUCACAAUUGGAGAUGGAUUCAAGUCGUACAUCUGUGACUCUCCUGACGCCGACAGAGGAGAGAGUGUGGUAGACGUGAGGUUGUCAGUGUUUGAGUGCCACGCAGAUUUAGCUUUUUCUUUACUCUGCUUAGGCAUCCUGGCAGUGUUUCUGCUCAUCGCAGGUGUGUGUCACAAAUUUAGUGUUGUGUGGUAUAUCAGGAUGACCUGGGCCUGGCUGAGAGCAAAGCGGAAGCCAAAGUUAAAAAAGGGAGAACUCAAGUAUGACGCCUUUGUGUCAUACAGUGAAAUGGACUCAGGAUGGGUGGAAGCACAUCUGGUCCCGGAACUCGAGCAGGCCGAGCCUCCUCUCCGGCUCUGCCUCCACAAGAGAGACUUUGUUCCUGGAGACUGGAUCUUGGACAACAUCGUGGACGCCAUAGAGAAGAGUCACAAAACUCUGUUUGUCCUUUCUCAGCAUUUUGUCAGGAGUGAAUGGUGCAAAUACGAGCUGGAUUACACCCAUUUUAGAUUGUUUGACCAAAACGACGACUCAAUGGUGCUGAUUCUGUUGGAGCCCAUUGACAAAGCGACCAUCCCCAAAAGGUUCUGUAAACUCAGGAAAGUCAUGAACUCCAGGACGUACCUGAAGUGGCCUGAUGAUGACAACCAGAUCCCCAGGUUCUGGCAAAGCCUGAGAACAGCUAUUGAAACACCUGAGACUGAGAAUGGACACUGUUUAAUGGACACUGUGGACUUGGGACUUAGGUUUUAG